AUGUGCCCUACUGAAAAGAUGAGUUCCAUCGCAGGAGGAGGUCGCGGCAAGGCGCGGUCCGCGAAACCGGUCUCUCGCUCUCACAAGGCCGGGUUGCAAUUUCCAGUGGGCAGGAUCUCCAGAUUUCUCAAGACCGGCAAGUAUGCCGAUCGCGUCGGGGCUGGAGCGCCAGUGUACAUGGCCGCCGUGAUGGAGUAUCUCGCUGCGGAGGUGAUCGAGCUCGCUGGAAACGCCGCGCGGGAUAACAAGAAGAAUCGGAUCAUCCCCAGGCACAUCCAGCUCGCCGUGAGGAACGACGAGGAGCUCAGCAAAUUGCUCGGCAAUGUGGUGAUCGCUAGCGGCGGCGUGCUGCCCAACAUCAAUCAAUCGCUUCUUCCCAAGAAAUCGAGCCUCAAGGACGCGAUUGGAAGCCUCUCCCAGGAGUUUUGAUCUAGACAGUGCUGUACAGAGCUAUAGCAGAUUAUGGAAUAUAAUCUUUACGGCUAGAAUUCCAAUCCAA